AUGGUGAAAUACAGGAGGAUGAAUGGCCAUGGUGUUGACCAACGGUCCGGCCAUCCCUUGAGUCGACCCAAUGGUUUCUACUGGGAACAGCCCAAUGGUUUCUCCUGGGAACAGCCCAAUGGCUUCUCUUGGGAACAGCCCAAUGAUUUCUCCUGGGCACAGCACAAUGGCUUGUCUUGGGAACAGCCCAAUGGUUUCUCCUGGGCACAGCACAAUGGUUCCUCUUGGGAACAGCCCAAUGGUUUCUCCUGGGAACAGCCCUAUGGCUUGUCUUGGGAACAGCCCAAUGGUUUCUCCUGGGAACAGCACAAUGGCUUGUCUUGGGAACAGCCCAAUGGUUUCUCUUGGGAACAGCCCAAUGGUUUCUCCUGGGCACAGCCCAAUGGUUCUCUCUUGGGAACAGCCCAAUGGUUUCUCCUGGGCACAGCCCUGAUGGCUUGA